CUCCCCUUCCUGCUGUUCCGCAGCAGAAGCUCGUCGUAUCAUGGGUUUACUGAUUCUUCCGUAGCGUAACGAUAUCGUCUGUAUACUUUGUCAAUUUCGUGAAGAUUUUGAACAAUGUCCAAAUCAUGCAAUGAAAGCAAAACUCUAAAAGAAUAUUCCAUCGUAUCCAGCACUAACAAACCCAAGAAAAAAAAAUGGGGUCUGAUUGCUACUGGAGUUAUGGGUGGGACACUAGUGGCCCUGUAUGCAGUAGCAACUCCAUUUGUGGCACCAGCACUGAGAAAAUGUUGUCUUCCUUAUGUACCUGCAACAACUGCUCAAGUUGAAAAUGUGUUAAAAAUGAUUCGGACUAGAAGUGGACUUGUGGUCGAUAUUGGAAGUGGCGAUGGACGUAUUGUAAUAGCUGCAGCAAAGGAAGGUUUCCAAGCUGUUGGCUAUGAAUUAAAUCCAUGGCUUGUUUGGUAUUCCCGUUUUCGUGCAUGGAGAGAAGGUGUACACCAUAAUACCAGAUUUUAUAUUACAGAUUUAUGGAAGGUCAGUUUUUCUCAGUAUCCAAAUGUUGUCAUUUUUGGUGUGCCACAAAUGAUGCCUCAGCUGGAAAAGAAGCUUCAGAUGGAAUUACAGGAUGCUGCCAGAGUUAUAGCAUGUCGCUUUCCUUUUCCUAAUUGGGUGCCAGAUCACACUUUUGGAGAAGGAGUCGAUACUAUCUGGACAUAUGACCUUGAUGUCAAUGCAUUUAAAAAAGUCAGUGACUCCAAACCAAUUGCCCAACAACACUGUACUCUUGAAACAGCAGAAUAAAAAAGCAGCACAUCACAUACAGUACAAAACAGUUUAAUUUUUGUACUUUUGUAACCCUAGAAUCCUUGUAAUUAAAGCUAAUGGAUUAUGAAGACUUGAUUGCCCUCAAAUCUAAACAUAUUCGAUAAUUCAUAUUUUGUUUCCUAACACAUAGUUGUACUGUAUGAAUUCUACGUUUGUUUUUUACAUUUUCCAAAGGCUUGUGUCUGCUUUCAAUCCUUCCAUCUUUUGAUGAGCUAUUCAAUUCAUUGAAAAUUAAGAAUGCUUAUAUCUCUGAUAUAUCCCUGCCGGCUUCUCUCCAUUCUCCUCCAGAUAUAGUAGUCACAGGGGAAUAAAAGACAAAAAAAUUAAAUAUUGUGCAGUAUUCUUUUGUUUUGUGAAUAUCAUACCCUUCUGUAUUAUAAUGGGAAAAAAGGGGGGAAUGUGUUCUAACACCUUAACUUGUCCACACACGUGUAGGAAAUGGUGCAAUUAAUUCUUAAUUUUGGUGCACACUGUAUGGUGAAGGUGGGUACUCACAAACUGUAAAAAGCUUCUUGCCAUGUCAUUUGUUGUUGUGAGUCGGGGGAGAUUCAUUUUAAGCACUUGGAGUUAUUGAUCAGAAGGGUGUAUAAGUGGAUAUAAGUAUUUCAGAUAUGUAAUUUGUAAGGUAAGAGAACAAUAGAUCACUGAUAAAUGGGAGCAUGUAAUAAGUCUUUAGCAUAAAAAUGUAUACAUUGUUCAUUGUACAUUGUAGGAGAAACAGUUUUUUCUUUGUGUGUAUUGAAUAUCAUUUUUUCAAACUCAUUUUAACUCCACUGGCAGCAGAAAAAUAAAGCAUGUUAUAGUUUGCACUAGUGUGCAGUGUACAUAAUAAAACAUUGUCCUGAAGACACAAA